CAUCACCGUUCGCCUGGGCUCCAUGCCCCUCGCCGAGACAACUACCAGCGAUGUUGUCCUUAAGAAGGGCGAAGUAGCCAAGCGACAAAGCGAAGCUGCCGAGAAGAGACUUCUGCACAGCUUCCUCCUUGACGAAGAGCACGUGCUGUUUCCUGGCGACCCGGACGGCUAUGAACUCAAUUGGCUGGGCAAUGCACCAUUCAUGCAGGUUCAGGCAGACGGUGGCUUUGCCCAAUCCUCAGGACUGUAUGGCAGCCGUCAAUGUCCUAAUACGUCAGAGGACAAUCGCCCACAAGCUCUCACCUUGCACGUCAAGCUAUCCGACAAGACUUUCGUGUCUGGGUUUUCAGGCAAGACACACCUGAAGAUCGAAGCGCUGUUCAAUGGUCAGCUCUCAGCUUGCUCUCUGAUCCAUACCAACGACAUCCGGUCGGGCGCCAAGUCUCUUCAUCAGGUCUUUGCCGGCUAUCGAGUGGACUUCCUUGCCGAGAGGCCGUGGGUCCUGCUGCCGCCAUACACUACCGCUGAUGGCGGAACGAGACGAUUUCGAAAAACCAUCACUCCUCCAGAGCGCUGGGAGCAGAUCAGUGCUGCAUUGCUUAAAGAAGCUGAAGAACGAGGCACAGACAGGGAUGGAAAGUCGCCGCCGUCAGGUGAAUUCUUGCACGCGCUGGCAAGCAUGCAGAUGCCAGAGUGUGUCGGGAACAUGCAAAAGCCUGGCGGCAGAAAGUUUGGUGUUGUGGACGUCGUCAUCACGGCUGGCAUAGGCAGCAAACUCACUACCGGUACAAACUACCUGAAGCGCCCACAGAGACUUAAAGAUUCGAACUACACCGUGCGAACCGAACCCAGACCCAGCAACGAGGUUGCCACAGCCGACUUCUACCAGACUCAAGACGCCGCGGACAAGCUUACGCAAGGAACGCAUCCAGAUCUGGACAAAGCAUACGUAGACUUGGAGGAGGAUACCGAUACACAGCACCAGCGCCCUCGCAAGCGCCAAGCACUGUUCCCGGUACGAACUCUGUCGCAGCAUGCACAGAAAAGCUUGGACUUUCAAAGUCCAUUUUCGGGCGCACAGAUACCCUAUCUUCCUCCACCAAACCAGUCUCCAUCGCACCAUGAUCUAUCGCCCAUUGCAGGCAGAGUCAGCCCACGUUGCCCACCACCAGAACAUCGCAGCGACAGUCACAAUGAGCGUUUGCCCUCGAAUGAUCGUAGCCGUACCUAUGAAAUGAUUGGCGACAUAUCGAAAGCACAGGAAAAGAAUAGCAGUGCAUCUCUAAUCUCCCUGGAGUACCACUCUUCACCAACAAACCCCCAAACCAUGAACGCCCAUGAAGCGACUGGCAGUCCGCUGUUUGUCUCCUCAGCUUCAGGUUCAAGCCCAAUGCCACAAACAUUCGGCCAUUAUACUUCCCCACUUGCGCAGCCCAUGUUGCCUAGUGGUAUCGGCACACCGACCUCUACUUCUAUCCCAGGCCCUUCUACUCCGUAUGUGGCUCCUACAGCGUUGAUGCAACCUACUACUCUCGCUUGGAAGAGUUCAUCAAAUGCCAUGACUUCGCCCUAUUACCCUACGCACGUCUCACAGCAGGCUCCAUUGGGCAUGUAUCCUCCCGGUCUAGUUCCAUACAUGCCUCCGAACCGAUUGCCUAGCCUACUGCCACAUACGCCGCCAUUCUUCGGACACCCGGGACCUGCGCAGCUCGCGACACCAGUAACCCUCUCGCCACCAGCGUUUCAAUCGUGUGGACCGCUUCCGCCAACGGCAAUGUUUGCUGUCACGUCAAAACCCAAACGAAGUGCAUUGCCGACGAAAGAUGCAGCCUUGAUUGACCUAGAUGCACCUCAUUCUAGCGUGCUAGUCAAUCGCCUUGUGAUCACAGGGCUGAAUGGCAUGCUAGUAAUCGAUCAUCGCUGGAAGGUCGCACAACGUAUCAUCGUAAGUCACAAUCGCCUCGGCGAAGGCGAGGUCGAUGGUCGCGCAGAUACACCUGGUUCCGAAUAUGAGGAGCCAAAAGCUAGGUCUCGUGCGCGAAAGCAGAGUACCUUGCGUAACAAGACAUUUCAGGCGGGCUCUCGAGCAAGCUCUCCGAUCAGACGGCUGCAGUCCGAUACCACGGAGCAUAGCACGCGUGAGCAGAGACGUGACAGCAUUCAAGAUGGCCAGGCCGACCAAGCAAUCCACGUAUCGCUCCCAUACCUCAAGAAACACCAGGGGCCUACAGACGAGGACUUGCCAGUCAACCACACGAUCGACGUACCAGACAAGAUCGCAGCGUUCGUGACUGCACCAAUACUGACUACCACAGCCCCACCAAUAUUGACACCCACACCUGUGCAUGCGUCCGCAUUCGCACCACAAACUCAGUCAACCAUGCCGCAACGCCGUACUCUCUCGCGCAAUGCGUUACCUGGUAUACAGGGCCCCAAAGCAGCCACGUUCCUACUCGACGAUCCCGAAGAGGUUCUGCGCGAAGCAGCAAGAAUGAGACGUUCCAGGUCACCGACCAAGCCUGCAGCGACGACUUCUGUGCCACCAAUUUCACCGCCAGCCCAACUCGAGUCAACAACAGCUCAGGGAGCUCCAGGUGGUUCAUCGCCUCUGUCUAGUGUGCCCUCGUCCCCCUUACCUGAAAGGUCAGCCGAAGUAGUUGACGCGGGAGGCACGGCUCCGGACCAGAUCCCGCAACUCGAUGGAUCUCUUGAACAUACGAUUCCUUUCACAUCGCCGCGCAAACUACAAACACCAUCACCGACGAAGUCGUCCUUUCCCACACCAAAGUUCCGAUGCCCGGGCCCUGCUACCCCCCAGUCGUCCGCGUCGUCAGAUUCAAAGAAGCGCAAGGCUUCGCACCGAUCACCAACCAAACCGCCACGAAGCCCUGGCCGCCUCAAGACUGUAGAUAAUCCACCGCUCAAUGACGACUGCGUUAUUGUGUUCGCCGAGAGUAUUGACAAGGGCGAAGAGAAGGGAGUUCUGAGACAAGUCAAAGGGGAGAGACAGGGUGUGUUCAAGGAAGAGUAUGUGGUCCUUGCGGUGAGGUUCUUCAUUGCUGGAGACUGAGUGGACGAAAGAAGUCCGUAAAAAGAAAAAUUCUGGCAAGACACAUGUACAACAUAUAGCACGAUGUUCGUCACAUGUAUGUAC